CUCGCCCAGGUGAACGCGCGCCUCCUCCCCGGUGACGUCAACGAACCGCGGGCACGAGCGGCGUGUGCCCGUGUGUUCCCUCCCCUCCCCCCACUGCUCAGCCUGAGCUGCCUCCUGUGUCUCUGUCCGUCUCCGCCGCCAACAACAACAAGAGGAACAUGUCGGGGCUCGGCUGCUCGGAGGAAGACGCGAAGCAGAAGCUGCUGUGGAACGUGAAGAGAGAGGUGAAACAAAUCAUGGAGGAAGCUGUCACCAGGAAAUUUGUGCAUGAGGACAGCAGUCAUAUCAUUGCCUUGUGUACUGUCGUGGAGGCCUGUCUGCUCUACAUGCUGAAGCGCCGAGCUGCUGGCUUUCUGCGGAGUGACAAAGUAGCCGCACUUUUUACAAAGAUUGGCAAGGUCUAUCAAGUAGCGGGAGAUCUGUGCAAGAAAGUUCAAGAAUUACUGCAACAGGUGGAUAACAAGAAAACCCAGUCAAAUGGACAGGAGCCUCUAAAGAGGCAGGGAUCAAUAUCCAAAAGCCCAAUUCUUACACCUCAAGCUAUCAAACACAUCUGGGUGCGCACAGCCUUGUUUGAGAAGGUCUUGGAUAAAAUCGUUCAAUAUAUUGUUGAUAACUCCAGCAAAUACUAUGAAAAGCAAGCCCUAAUGUCUGAUCCAGUCUGUGGACCGAUUCUAGCUUCUCUGCUGGUUGGUCCCUGUGCAUUAGAGUACACAAAACUUAAAACUGCUGACCAUUACUGGACUGAUCCAUCAGCAGAUGAACUGGUGCAAAGACAUCGUAUUCAUGGAGCCCAUGGACACCAGGAUUCCCCAUCGAAACGUCCUGCACUUGGUAUAAGAAAGCGACACUCCAGCGGAAGUAUGUCAGAAGAUAAAUUUGCAGCUUCAGCAAGAGAAUACGUGGAGUCAUUACAUCAAAAUUCCAGAACACAUUUGCUGUAUGGAAAAAAUAAUGUACUGGUCCAGCCAAAGGAGGACGUGGAGACUAUUCCAGGAUACCUCUCACUUCAUCAAUCUGCAGAACAUUUAACUCUGAAGUGGACCCCAAACCAGCUUAUGAAUGGGACUCUGGGAGAUUCAGAGCUUGAAAAGAGUGUCUAUUGGGAUUAUGCCUUAACUGUACCAUUAAGUCAGAUUGUCUGCAUCCAUUGCCACCAACAGCCUGACAGUGGAGGAACUCUCGUGUUAGUCAGUCAGGAUGGAAUCCAAAGACCUCCACUUCACUUCCCCCAGGGUGGUCACUUGUUAGCCUUUCUCUCCUGCCUUGAGAAUGGGCUGUUACCACGCGGGCAGCUUGAUCCCCCUCUUUGGUCACAGCGAGGAAAGGGCAAGGUAUUUCCAAAACUACGGAAAAGAAACAGCAGAGCCAAAUCCAUGGACCCAGAAGAACAGAUGGAGGAAGAAAUAGCUACAGAUUAUGUAUUCAGAAUAAUUUAUCCCGGACAGAAGAAUGACUAUGUAACUAUUAACUACCACCACUUAGCUGCCAGCCGAUCGGUCUCUGUCGAGGAUGAUGAGGAAGACGAGGAUAGGCUACAUGAAAUGAUUUCUAUGAUCUGCUCACGGAACCUCACAGCUCCUAAAAUGAUGAAAGAUCCUAAUGAAUUAUUGGAAAUACAUGGAUACAGCACAAAUCAGUUUCCUUGGCAACUGGGAGAUCUGUGUAGCCAAGGUUCCUCUUGUUUAUCCUGCUCGACCAGUGGUUCUCCCUUUGACAUACCCAACUGUUGUAGCUGUGGAAAUGACAGGACUCCCUUAAAGAUGCUCUGUGAGAACAUGAAGAGGCAAAUUGUUUCAAGGGCAUUUUAUGGAUGGCUUGCUUACUGCCGACACCUCUCUACAGUCCGCACACACCUAUCAGCCCUUGUGAAUCACACCAUUAUUCCUCCUGACAAGCCAUGUGAAGCUACAGGCGGACUGACUGGAGAAGUUUGGAAUAAGUAUGAGAAAGAUAGGAAGAACUACAAAAAAUUGGAGCUGCUGAGACUAGUUUAUUAUGGAGGAGUCCAGCAUGAAAUAAGGAAAGAUGUUUGGCCCUUCCUCCUGGGACACUACAAGUUUGGUAUGAGUAAACAGGACAUGGACCAGGUGGAUGAAGAUAUCGCUGCCAAGUACAGAAGUGUAAUGGCAGAGUGGAAGGCCUGUGAGUUGGUCGUCAAGCGAAGAGACAGGGAAACUCAUUCAGCAAUCUUGGCCAAAUUUUCAUCGGGUAGCAGCAUAGAUAGUCAUGUGCAACGUCUGAUUCAUCAAGAUUCCAGCAUCAGCAAUGACGUCUUCAUUUCUGUUGAUGAAGUGGACCAGGGAGAGAAAGCCUUUAAAUUGGUGGAUGAUGUAAUGACAACAGUAGUAAACAUUGACACCCCAACUGCAGCAGUUGAAGACAGACCAUCAAUGGAGUUUGACUCUCCUGAUUCUGGACUGCCUUCGUCAAGGAAUUAUUCUGUCACAUCAGGACAUUCCCGAAUCCUUUCAAGUACUGAUGAUCAAAGUUUGUGCAUGGAAGAAGGUGUAUUAGAGGAAGAAGAUAACACUGACUUACACAAGGUCGAAGAACAGACACCCAGUAUUAGUGAAUCUGAUUCCAGAAGAAAAAGUGGCCUGCAAAAUGCCGAAACUCAGGACUCAUUGUCAGAGGAACAACUGUGCACUCAGUUAGACUUGAUAAUGAGUGAGGAAAGCAGCGCAUCUUUCCCAUCUACAACAUACACGACAGAACUGAUGGAUGCUGUAUCAUUAAAUUGGCAUCGGAUUGAUAAGGAUGUACAACGUUGUGAUAGAAAUUACUGGUAUUUUACUGCAAUCAACCUAGAAAGACUGAAGACUGUAAUGUGCAGUUAUGUAUGGGAACACUUGGAUGUGGGCUAUGUUCAGGGAAUGUGUGAUCUCUUGGCACCAUUAAUGGUGAUUCUGGACAGUGAGCCCGUUGCAUACAGCUGCUUUACUCAGCUAAUGAAGAGAAUGAAUCAGAACUUCCCAAAUGGUGGUGCCAUGGAUACUCACUUUGCCAACAUGAGAUCAUUAAUACAGAUUUUGGAUUCUGAGCUCUUUGAGCUAAUGCAUCAGAAUGGAGAUUAUACCCACUUCUACUUCUGCUAUCGUUGGUUCCUGCUGGAUUUCAAAAGAGAACUUUUGUAUGAGGAUGUCUUUGCAGUGUGGGAGGUUAUCUGGGCAGCUAAAUAUAUCUCUUCAGAGCACUUUGUCCUUUUCAUUGCCUUGGCUCUGGUGGAGGUUUACCGUGAAAUCAUACGUGAUAACAACAUGGACUUCACAGACAUUAUAAAGUUUUUCAACGAAAUGGCAGAGCGUCAUGACGCCCAGCAGAUCCUGAGGAUUGCACGCGAGCUGGUCUACAAGGUGCAGACGUUGAUAGAGAACAAGUAAUAGAACUAAGCCAGCAGGAAAUAGAUGCGGAUACUCAGCUUUCUCCUAGCAAGCUUGAGUGAGGAAUCUUCCUCCACCACCCAGCACCAACCUUCACCCCAACAUCCCCCCUCCUCUCCCCCUGCACCAGCUCCAGUUUCCCUACAUUAGAAAAAUGAUGGUUCAGCAAAACGAGUUGGCCACAUCUUCUCUACUUCAGAGGAUGUCAUGCACUGAAUUGAAAAUGCAAAUGGAGGCCAGGAAUUUGCCAAAAAAGUUGCAAUUUUAUCCCUAACCAGGUUCACUAAUCAUCAGUCACAUUUUAGAGAUCCUUUAACAUGGUGGAUAAAAUCACAUUUUCCUUUACGUUCCUUUCUGUCUCUGCCCACUCUUCAUUGAGAGUGUAUUUAAUUUCCUCAUUCACUUAUUUAUUUUCCAAACUCAGAGAGUGCCUAAAUAUUAAAUUUGUGGCAAAAAAAAAACCCCUUUCACCAUCCACAUCAUAUUCCUGUACCCUUAGACUGACAGACGGGUAUAUCUUAAACACUAACCUGGGAAUAAGUGGGGAUUUUCCCCCAGAUUUUGCAUUUGUGAAUUCACAGUGUUUUUUAACUUCUGCAGACUGAUUGAUUGGAUUUGGAUGGACUGGUGUAUAUUUGGAAUACUCUUCAAUUCAGAUCAAUCCAAUCUUAUGGACUAUUUUAGCAUGUUUACACCAAAAUAAGAUUUAUUGAUAUUUUAAUUUUAUGAAGAAUGUUGCCAAUGAUUCGAUGUUCUAUGGUUCUGUGUGUUUGUGUAAUUCUGAAUGUUCCCAAUAUAUUGGGAAAUAAUUUCCAUGUGUCAUACAGUAUCUGCAAUCUCUCUUCUCAAGGGCAUUUCUUGAUUCACUCUUAGUACAUCCAUCAGUGAAUCUGGAUUGAGUGCAAUCAGCUUUUGUGUUUGUAGGUAACCAAACUAUUUCAGAGCCAGCAAAGGCCAUAUUAGCCUGUCAGUUCUCUCCAAGCCCCCAGUUAAUUGUGUCCGUGUAAUAUUUUGCAAUGGUUUGGAUCACAAUUGUAAAUCUAAGCUAUAGACCUCCUCAGCCACCUGUGACAACCCUAAUUUUACUGCUUGUCACUGGGGUUUGUCAUCUCCUUCCUAUCGCAUUGAAGUGCUGCAUCUUCGUGUGAAGCGCUUUGCAGUGGUCCAACCAGUUAAAAUGGCAGGAUUCCCUGUAAUCCUAACUUAAAGACUUUACAGUUAUCAAAAAAUAAUCAAAAGGAAGGCCCUGGAUUACAGACCAGAUAAAUCUUUAAUGAACCUGCAAGAAUCAGAAGUGUGUGGUGUAUAUUUUCAUCUCUGCUUUUCUGAGAUACUUUUCUCCCUGCCAUUUUGUUCUCCCUUUUACUUCAUUCCUGAAGACACUGUCUCCUUAUUCACAUGGUUUCAAAGAUUCUGACUCUCUGUUGAGUACCUCUCCUUGUCUAUUAUUCAUACGUGAAACCUAAAAAGUUGCCAAUUAUUUAGUUUUGGGGUUGUGUAGGGGCUGUCUCAGCCUGAUCGAAUCUUGCCUUGACAUGAUGUUCAUUCAUGGCUGCAUGAGUCACAGGAGGGAUCAGGGACAGCCAAUGUUUCUACCUGUUCCUAACCUGAGAAUGCAGCAUCCCGACCUCCAUCAGCACAUUGAGCAUAAAUCAGGAAUAGUGUGGACUUUCCUGAUCUAGAAAGGCAAACCAUUCCUUUGAUGAACUCUCUGAUCCACCCAUUAAUAAAAAAUGGCAAUCCAUUGCAUUGACAGUCUACUUGCAACACAAUUUGAAACCUCUUAUACUGAACAGGAGAAGAAAACCUUGCAUCAUUUUUCUCUCCUUAACUCUCAGCGUCACAAAGAGAGAGACCCACACUCCACCAUGGCUCAAUUGGUAACUGCAUACUAAAAGGUUAUUAAACUGGGACCAAGCAACCAAAUAGAAACUAUCACCAAUUACUAUGCAGGUAUCAAUUGCCAUCUGGUGUCUCAUUGUAGUAAUCAUAAACCAUUAAAGGUAAAUAGAUUGCAACGAAACAUUGACAAAAUGUGCAGUUAUGAGAGAUGUCAUAUCAUCAGUUUGAAUGAAACUGCAAAUAACUGCAGGAUUGGUGCAAAGCUACAGUCUGAGAUGACCAGCAGAAAGAAUGGGCAGGGAUUGCAGUUUCCCACUUUUCCUCUAAAUUGUUUCUUUUCCUUCCCUUGCCGCUUGUUCUGUUUUAUUUGGAAUGUGCAAUAAGUCUCACGUCCCCACCUUUCUGCACUGCUCACUCUUUGGGCAAGACUCUGUGCCAAAAUUAACACUUGGCAACUUAGCCUUUCAAUUAAAACAUUUUGAAAAUUGAAGAUUGACAUACAUAAUAUAAAAGAUUUUCUCUCUGUAUUGAGCAUCUUGUUUUUUUAAUGUUCAGUAUUACUGAUCACGGAAAAGGGGGGAGACUCUGGACUGGUAUAUAAAUAACCUCUUUCAGUGACUUACAGUUCCCUGUAAUGCAAGUAUGAGGCCUUUUCGAUUUCAUGGCUGACAUAUGUCAUGUACUAAUUUUUUUACCAUUCAUUGUCUUCGUUUACAAUAAGUUAGAGGCAGGGGGUGGAAUGGAUGUGACAUGGCCAUUUAAAAUAUUUGGAAAAAUAAUUUUGAGAGCCUGCCCAGAGAGAAUUAUCUAAGUUUUUAGUAAUUGGGUCAAAUUUGCCAAGGACUUUGAGAGGCUACAUGUGACUUUUAUAUUGAUACAUUUGAGAGGAGAGUAAAUAAAGUCUGUUGUAUUUUCUCAAAACUAAAUGCCAGGUAUAAUUUUUUUAUCACACUCAUUUAGACACGCAGUGUGUUUUCAGCUUGAAUUAACCUCUGACUCUCAAAUCUACCUCAGCUAGUUGUGAUUGUGAUAAAUUCCUUGCUGUAAACGAAACACUUUUUUCAAUCUGUCAGCAUUCACACUCUCAGAGAAUGUGUAUUCUUUUCUCCUCUUCAAUUUACUUAAAUGUUCCCUUUCUUGCCCAGGAAUGGCUAUAUUUAAAAACAGAAAGCUCCUAUCUUACAUUCCUACAUGGCUUUUGAAGUGUGGAUGAUUUUCUUUCUCCCCGUGUCUCCUUUCUUAAAAAGCAAUUUGUUAGUCUCCCAGUAUAACUUCUGCAGAAAAUCAGCCUUAGAAAAUAAGUAUAGAUGCCUGUUUCUGCAGGUUGUUUGAUAAUAUUCUGAAGUUGGAACAUUGAUUAAUUAAAGCAUUACAGUGCACUAAUUUCCUUGCAUGUCGUAGCACACUGUGAGAACCCUUGUAGCUGUUCAUUUGCAUCCUGCGAGUAGGAACAUUUAUUAUGAAUACAUAUUUAUGGAGAUCAGGAUAAUUUCCCAGGCCUCUUGCAGAAUUCAGCUGAAGGCAGAAACUGGAUAAAGGUGCUGGUUUGUAUAACAACUUUCUAUGCAGGGAGUUCUACGUUAAUGUUUCGGAUGAGGGGAGGGUGUAAACUUGUCUGUCUUGCUCAACUUUUCCAGUGAGGACUGGAGUAGAAUCAAACUGAUGCUCAGCCAAAGAUAUAGAAGCAGCAGUCUUUGAAAAGUGCUUUUCAAACAUUUUUUUUUAUCCCAUUGCUGCUGAUUGUUUAUUGAGAAAUUCACUGGUGAAUUGGUCAAAUUAGGGACAUCACCAUAAUGAAAAGGCACAGGAGCAAAGAUGAAAAUCCUUUAAAUUAUACAAAGUUAGUUUGAGAGCCUGUGAUUUGUAGACUGAAUAGAAGAAAUGAAGGAGGCCAGGAGUUUUGUGACCUGGCAAAGAUGGACUUAGAUUUGAAGGCAGUUUGAUGUAAAAUGCAGACUCCUACAUUCUAUUUCCCCUGGAAUUUUAUGCUCCAUAAUUAAACAUUCCACAUUAUAUAGUAAGAAAUUCUAAAAUUGACAAAAUAUCUAAAAUGGUUUCUAUAUAGCUUUGGAGAAUAUCUGAAAGUUGUAAUAUAUUGGGCUGCUGAUACCUGACAAUAUUAAGACAGUGUUUUGUCAGGCGAUGAGUGUCAUGGAGCAAAGGUGGGUAAAUGCCAUUGAGGUGCUGAAUGGCCCACUUCUAAUAUAAUAUACCAUCCCCUAAUAAGCAGGUUUAUAUUCAAAUGCUAAAUAUAAGUCACUAUUUUUUUAAAAAUACUUUCUCUCAAAAUACAUCACACAAUGGGCUGUAAAUUGUUUUAUUAAAUGAACAGUAGUUCAUUUCUUCUUCACCAAAUCCAGAAUUUAAAAUGUAGGAUUCUGAAGCCUUGAGGCGUGUGAUGUCUGAGAAUGGUUUUAUUUGGUGAGUCACUUAGCGCAACAACUUAGAAUUACAUGGCACCUUUCACUUAGUAAGAAACGUUGUCAAGGUAAGAGGAAAGCACAAGUGUCUUCUUGCUUAUCAUUGAGAAAUUUCACCCUGUACCUUCAAACCUUUACAGCUUAUGAAAUAUAUAAAUGCUUGGCUUCUGCUUUAAACCUUGUUAAACCAAUGAUUGUGUUCUAUGAUUAAAUUUCAUGUAAGAUUCUGUUGUAGGUACUGUACAUAUUUAACUUGUAAAAUGUCAGUGUUAGUCUGCUCUAUUUAUUGGAUUCUGUUUGUGUUCUGCUGCAAACAGCUGACUUUGUUCUAAAGUUAUUAAGCAUUUCUUUCAACUUGUGGCUGUCAACUAAGCAGAGUUAGAACAGGUACACACUUGCUUUCUCCCUCAAAAGAGCCUUUUUAUUUCAAAUUAAGGAAUCAGCCUCUGAGGCAUAAUUCUACACUUUACUACAUUCCAAGUGAUGAAACUGUUUCAAAGUCCAGCAUGUUGUGUUGCAUUGGUUAAUGCUUUCUGACAAUAAACUCCACUUUGCAGAGUCCUCGAUAAGGAGGGUGAGUGAAGUUGCCACUGAUUAAUGCCCAUACAUGACUACAUGGUCAGAGUGGUGAUGGACAGUUUGGCCUUGUGGAAUGGUGCCAAAAUUAGCAUCUUUGGGAUGAAAGAGGAAAAUGUUGAGCAGAGGCUGGUGUGGUCAAGAAAACCAUGCCACUAAAUUUAUAAUCAAUCCUAGUUGGCUUCUCCAGUAGAUAUUGAACAUUCAGCAAUAGGGACUUAGAAUUGUUGUUAUCAUCUUCAAAGGUGAAGUAUCUGAUACAGUUCACUCCAGGACUUUGCAUUGUCUCACACAGAUAGCUGCAAUCAAACUUUUUCUGAUAACUUUCAAAAAUGCUGAUGAAGUAGUUGUGUUUCACACAAUCUGCACUUGUCAGUACAGUCAAAUUACUAAGGACUUCUCUUUCAAACAUAUGAAACUUUUGGCAAAAUCCUCUAACAGCAUCCUCCCCAUGUCGGGAGUAUUUUGGAACUAGAAUUGGAGUAUUUUUAUUAAUAAAAGCUUUUUUCUUUAAGCCAUUUCAUAAUUACCCCUUCUUAUAGCAGAUUAAUCAUAUGAUAGUUAUGAUGGUUUACAUUUAAUGACAAAUGUUCUGCACUGCAGGACUUGGGAUGGGGAGAAACUAGAGCUAUAGUUCACAGCGCCAAUAAUUUUCCAAAGGGCAUAAUUUGCCUUAGGUUUCUAAAUGAAAUAGAUGCUAAGUUUGUUUAAUAAGCCUGGGAAUGACCAUGUAUAAUAUUGCUGUAUGAACCUUACAUAAAAUUGCAUCAUAUUUGUUUGCUAUUUUGAUGAGGGCAUUGGAUAUGUGAGCACUUGUAUGAAAGGGAUGAAUUUUGUACGCUGAUGUACACACCGCGUAAUUUCUUAGCGAUCAUUUCUUCCCCCAACCUCAACCAAAACACGAAUGUUACAAAUAUAUCUGAAGCUUGCACUGCCUUUGAAUUGUGGUUGGGAUGAUAAACUCUCACAGCAGUGAAUCAAUGUGUGCAACUCUCGUUCACUUGGUACCUAUAUUAUGUUGUACAUGUACUGCACCUUAAACUUUGUGAUGCGUUAUUUAUUUUUGCAUUUCCUUUGUGUUACAAUAUGUACUUUUGAAUGUAAUGUUGUAUGAAAUAAAUUAUUGUC